GGCGCAGACGCACUGAGCCCAGGCAGCCGGUGAUGGCGGCAUCGGCGGCUGUGGCUGCGGCAGGUCCGGGCCCAUGAGGCGACGACGGAGGCGGGACGGCUUUUACCCAGCGCCGGACUUCCGAGACAGGGAAGCUGAGGACAUGGCAGGAGUGUUUGACAUAGAUCUGGACCAGCCAGAGGACGCGGGCUCUGAGGAUGAGCUGGAGGAGGGGGGUCAGUUAAAUGAAAGCAUGGACCAUGGGGGAGUUGGACCAUAUGAACUUGGCAUGGAACAUUGUGAAAAAUUUGAAAUUUCAGAAACUAGUGUGAACAGAGGGCCAGAAAAAAUCAGACCAGAAUGUUUUGAGCUACUUCGGGUACUUGGUAAAGGGGGCUAUGGAAAGGUUUUUCAAGUGCGUAAAGUAACAGGAGCAAAUACUGGGAAAAUAUUUGCCAUGAAGGUGCUUAAAAAGGCAAUGAUAGUAAGAAAUGCUAAAGAUACAGCUCAUACAAAAGCAGAGCGGAAUAUUCUGGAGGAAGUAAAGCAUCCCUUCAUUGUGGAUUUAAUUUAUGCCUUUCAGACCGGUGGAAAACUCUACCUCAUCCUUGAGUAUCUCAGUGGAGGAGAAUUAUUUAUGCAGUUAGAAAGAGAGGGAAUAUUUAUGGAAGACACAGCCUGCUUUUACUUGGCAGAAAUCUCCAUGGCUUUGGGGCAUUUACAUCAAAAGGGGAUCAUCUACAGAGACCUGAAGCCGGAGAAUAUCAUGCUUAAUCACCAAGGUCAUGUGAAACUAACAGACUUUGGACUAUGCAAAGAAUCUAUUCAUGAUGGAACAGUCACACACACAUUUUGUGGAACAAUAGAAUACAUGGCCCCUGAAAUCUUGAUGAGAAGUGGCCACAAUCGUGCUGUGGAUUGGUGGAGUUUGGGAGCAUUAAUGUAUGACAUGCUGACUGGAGCACCCCCAUUCACUGGGGAGAAUAGAAAGAAAACAAUUGACAAAAUCCUCAAAUGUAAACUCAAUUUGCCUCCCUACCUCACACAAGAAGCCAGAGAUCUGCUUAAAAAGCUGUUGAAAAGAAAUGCUGCUUCUCGUCUUGGAGCUGGUCCUGGGGAUGCUGGAGAAGUUCAAGCUCAUCCAUUUUUCAGGCAUAUUAACUGGGAAGAACUGCUGGCUCGGAAGGUGGAGCCUCCCUUUAAACCUCUGUUGCAAUCCGAAGAGGAUGUGAGUCAGUUUGAUUCAAAGUUUACACGCCAGACACCUGUUGACAGUCCAGAUGACUCCACUCUCAGUGAAAGUGCCAACCAGGUCUUUCUGGGUUUUACAUAUGUGGCUCCAUCCGUACUUGAAAGUGUGAAAGAAAAGUUUUCCUUUGAACCAAAAAUCCGAUCACCUCGAAGAUUUAUUGGCAGCCCACGAACACCUGUCAGCCCAGUCAAAUUUUCUCCUGGGGAUUUCUGGGGAAGAGGUGCUUCAGCCAGCACGACGAAUACUCAGACGCCUGUGGAAUACCCAAUGGAAACAAGUGGAAUAGAGCAGAUGGAUGUGACAAUGAGUGGGGAAGCUUCAGCACCACUUCCAAUACGACAGCCGAACUCUGGGCCAUACAAAAAACAAGCUUUUCCCAUGAUCUCCAAACGACCAGAGCACCUGCGUAUGAAUCUAUGACAGAGCAAUGCUUUUAUUGAAUUUAAGGCAAAAAAGGUAGGGAUAGGAUGUGUGAGCAUCCUGCAAGGUAAAACAAGAAGACUCAAAAUGACAGUCUCAAAGAGUCAGUGUCAUUACAUGGAACACUUUGGACAGAGGAAAAAUAAACAUGGAUUUUUAAAAAUCAAAUCAAUGGUGCAAAAAAAACUUAAGCAAAAUAGUAUUGCAGAACUCUUAGGCACAUCAGUUAAUUGAUUCCUAGUGACAUCUUCUCAACCGAAUCAAGGAUUUUCACGUUGAUGGCUCAAAACUGACAGUAUUAAGGGUAGGAUGUUGCUUCUGAAUCAUCGUUGCAUUCUGAUUGUGUCGAAGAAGGGUUAUCCUUUCAUUAGGCAAAAUCUGAAAUUGCCUGUAAUACUUGCAACUAAGGACAAAUUAGCAUGCAAGCUUGUUCAAACUUUUUCCAGUAACAUGGAAUCAAAGACAAAAGAAACUUACUGAUUGAUGUUUUACGUGCAAACAACCUGAAUCUUUUUUUUAUAUAAAUAUAUAUUUUUCAAAUAGAUUUUUGAUUCAGCUCAUUAUGGAAAACAUCCCAAACUUUAAAACGCGAAAUUACUGGCUGGUGUGAAGAAAGCCAGACAACUUCUGUUUCUUCUCUUGGUGAAGUAAUAAAAAUGCAAAUGAAUCAUUGUUAACCACAGCUGUGGCUCGUUUGAGGGAUUGGGGUGGACUCCGGGUUUAUUUCAGUAACCCAGCUGCAAUACCUGUCUGUAAUACUAGAAAAAAAAAAUGAAUCUAUUUAAUCAUUUCUACUUACAGUACAGCUAUGUGCUAAGCGUAACUGGAAGCCUUGGGAUGGGCAUAAAUUGUAUGUCCUACAUUUCAUUCUUGUCCUGGGCCUACAUUGCACUGGAAAAAUAUCACCACCUGUUCUUAUACCAGUAUUUGGUUCAAGAUACCAAUUGUGUUCAGCCCAUGGCUGAAGAAGGACAGAAGAGUCAGGAUAAAAUGCAUAUUGAGGGCGGCAAAGUGAGGGAGAUAGGGAGAUUCAGGGGAAGAGGGUGUUGCCAUCGUCUACUCUGUCUAAUCUCUACAGCAAAUUGGUAAGCUUUUAAGUUUUACUUAUUUUUACUGUUGUUGCCAUCUACUUUCUUACAUUUUUUUCCCUCAACAGUUUUAAAAGGAAAAAAAGGUAUUUUUUUCCUCCUAUACUGGGGCUACAUUUUUUGAUUGUAAAAAUAUUUGAUGGCCUUUUGAUGAAUGUCUUCCACAGUGAAUAAGAAAACUUAGUGGCUUAAUUUAGGAAAUAUGUUAACAAGACACUAUGUUUUUGAAGUUGUAACAAAAAUCUUCCUAAGUGAUUUACAGGUUCAAAGAAUAAAAAUAAAGGUAGCUUUACCUUUCUUAAAUACUUCCUGCCUUAAAGAGAGCAUUUCCAUGACUUUAGCUGGUGAAAGGGUUUAAUAUCUGCAGAGCUUUAUAAAGAUAUAUUGCAGUGCAUACUGGUAUAAUAGCUGAUCAUGCAGUUGCAGUUGAGUCUUAUCACUUCUUUUUGUUUGUUUUUGUAUGUCUUCAGUCUGAGUGUGCAAAGUCAAUUUGUAUAUUUUGCAACCCUAUGAUUUUUUAAAAUAGAUGCUGCUUGCUAUGUUCAACAAACCUUUUUGAGCCAUAGGAUCCAAGCCAUAAAAUUCUUUACGUAUGUUGAAUUCAGUCAGAAAAGAGCAAGUCUUUGCUUAUUUAAAUGGCAAUUCAAGUGAGAUGAUGUGAAAUCCUAUGACAUUAAGCAAAACAGAACCAUGAAAAAAAUGAUUGGAAACAUAUAUAUCUUUUCAACUGCGGCAAUAAAUGAAAGAUUUGAUAACAGUUA